CCAGACUCAGGUAGAUGUUUGGGCUGUAAUCUAGAUAAACCCGGGCUGUCUGGAAGUUGCCAUUGACGGGAGUGACAUGCAGAGCUGGGGCUUUAAGCUGAACGGACAGCAGGGACAUGAAGCCAGAUGUUGCUUUCAGCUGAUUGGGUAACAAGAGCCUAACUAACGAUGGGAAGCUUUUUGACUGAUCUGCUCAUACCCUUUUUGCUGAUUUCUGCUGGACACAUCUAUGGAGUUUCCUUCUAUGGCAACAGCUACAUUCACCUGCAGACAGCUGAGAAGUCCAUUCAGACUUUAAUUCAUGUACAGUUCCGAACUUCAAGCCAAUCAGGGCUGCUGUUUUUGGCAGCAGGACGCAGAGACUUUUUGCUUUUGGAGCUGAUAUCUGGACAUCUGCAGGUACGUGUCAACUUGGGUUCAGGGGAACGUUUGUUACACUCAGAGAAGGGCAUCCAUCUCAAUGACCUUGAAUGGCACACAGUGGAUCUGAACCACACACAACAUUCUAUCAACAUGAUAGUGGACCGAACCUCUCGCACUAAACUCCAAAUGCCAGGUCCAGAUCUGGAGCUCAGUGUAGAGGAUGGGCUCCUUGUUGGUGGGACAGCCAAACUGAGCCAUCUAUACCUUCUUAGUAUCUCAGCUGGGUUUAGGGGUUGUAUGGAUGAAGUUGUCUUCAACGAACACAACCUUCUGACCAAUCUUAAGGCCCACUCUGGGUACAAGCUUGUCCACGAGGUAGCUCUUGGUUGUAGUCAACAGUUUUCAGCCACAGAAGAAGAUGCUGUGCAUUUUUCCAGCUCUAAAGCCUUCAUCUCUCUUGCAAAAUGGGACAUCCUUCAAGAAGGAACAUUUGAAUGUGAAUUACACCCUUCCCCUAAAGUAGGAAACGGGAUGGUCUUGUAUAACUCUGGAAGGGAGGGAGGGUUUGUAGCGGUUGAGGUGAGAGAUGGUCAUCUAGUGGCUUUGGUCGGGAAUGGAGAAGGGAGUAAGGUUGAGCUGCGUUCCUUGACUCACAUUUACAGCAACCACUCCUGGUACCCCAUUCAACUGCACUUCUUGCCUCAUAGUGUUCAGUUUAGAAUAGGAAAGGAGUUGGUGAAGGUCAGUCUGAACCAGGAGCUUCAGGUCAUCCAGCUCCAAGGGCCUCUUUUCUUAGGAGGACUAGAUGAGAAUACUCUGGAGAAAGCAAGACUUACAGGAUUGUCUUCUGCUUCAUUAGAAGGAGGCUCUUUUAAAGGCUGCAUUCAAAAUAUCAGAGUAAACACCCAAAAAACAGGCUUACCUCAUGCCAUAGUCACUAAAGACAUUACAGUAGGCUGUGAUGCAGAUCAAGUCUCAAAGACAGUCGUGACCUCCGGUCCAACCGAUCGUCCUGAGUUUGAUGCUACAACAACGGACAAGAACAGCCUGAAUGUUUUGGUGCUGAGGAAGCUGGAGGUAGCUGAAGGAGGCCAGGUGCUGCUACAACCCAAACACAUGAAGAUAAAUCUGGAUUUCCACAAACUUGGCAUCCAUCCAUCACAGUUGUUGUUCCACAUUGAGGAGCCACCUGCUGGUGGCCAGCUCCGAUUGAACCUUGGUCCAGAUCAAGCUGAUCCAGUUGAUGGAAUGCAGGAGCGAAUAAUUAUUAAAGGUGCUGAGGAGAAAGAGCGAACAUUCAGUAUGCUGGAUCUGUGGCAGGGUCGAGUUAUGUAUGUUCACAAUGGCUCAGAGGACCAGAAUGACUCCUUCACAUUUACAGCCUUCUCCAAAAAUAAGGAGAUUCCGAUGUUUCUGAAGGACAGCCAUCUGCACCGGUUAGAUAUCAGCAUCAGUCCUGUUAAUGAUGCUCCUGUCCUCAGAUUGCCCCAGGGAAACCUUUUUACUCUGUUGGAGAGGUCCAAACGACUGCUGACCACAGAAAUACUGGAAGUGCUAGACCCCGAUAGCAGCCCUGAAGACCUGGUUUUCAGAUCCAUGGGGAACCUCAACACCGAAGCUGGGCAUCUGGAGCACCAGGAUUACCCUGGCAGGGCCAUCAACUUAUUCUCUCUAAAAGAUCUAGAGGAAGGUAAAAUCACCUUUGUGCACACCGGAACUUCUGCCUCCAGGCUGGUACUAAGAGUCAGCGAUGGGCAAAGGGUCAGCAACACAGUGGUUUUAAGGAUACUGGCUGUGAAACUUGAGUACAAACUGGUGAACAACACUGGACUAGAGGUGAACCAAGGCAAAGCUGCCAUCAUGAACACCAGUCACCUGGCGGUACAGGUCAACGUGGCUGAUAACACUGUUGAUAUCUGGUAUGACCUCACGGAGCUGCCAACGUAUGGAGAGAUCCAGAGGUUGCACUCAAGCGGUGAUUGGAAAUCCACCACUUUUUUCUCACAGAAGGUUCUAGGAAAAGAGAAGAUCCGAUACAUCAGCACCUACCGUGGUGUCCAAGCUCAGAACAAUGUCACAGAUCAGUUCAAAUGUAAGAUCAUCAUUAAUUCACAGGCCACAGAAGAGAUUGCAUUUGCCAUAGUGAUACAUUGGAUUCACUUGAAGGUAACGCGGAGCAAGAUGGAGGUCAGCGGGACUGAGACUGCUGUUCUGACUCCUGAAGACCUUCAUAUAAUUUCUAAGGGUGUUAAACUGAAUGAAAAUGAGCUCUUCUUCAGGCUUCUGACGGUACCAAAGAAAGGUCAGCUGUUCCUCAACCACCAAAUUCUUCUAAGAAACUCAACCUUCAGUCAGAAGAACGUCACAGAUGGUUUGGUGAAGUAUGAUCUCUUUAACAGGCUGCACGAUGACACAAGGGACUCCUUCAGCUUUCAAGUGUUUUCUGCACAUGCCGAAUCAACACCUUAUGACUUCAGAAUCAACAUUAAGGCCGAGUCAACCACCAUCACAUUUGUAAAUAAAGGCCUUUCGAUCCUGGAAGGAGCAAGCAAAGUAAUAACUAAAGAUAAUUUGUUCACUCACGCGGCAAGUAACCGAGAGGUCCAUUACAACAUUACGGUAAGCCCAAAACACGGGCAGCUAAGGAAGAUCAACCUGUCCAACUCCACUUCCAUCAAUGACAACAUCCUGACUUUCACAAAUCAGGAUAUCACCAAAGAGCGGAUCAUGUAUGUCCACGAUGACAGCGAGACCAAGCAGGACUUCUUCAGAUUUCAAAUUAUUGUUUUGAAAUCACACAAGCACACAAACAAAAAGGAGGAAGGAACAACAGAGGAACAAACAUUUAAUAUUUCCGUGCAGCUCGUGAAUGACCAGAAACCUGUUAGAGUUGUUGACAGAGUUUUCCACGUAGCCCGAGACAGCCAGAGGUUGGUGACAGUGAGCGAUCUUCGUUAUCGAGAUGACGACUCAGAUUUUGAGGACAGCUGGCUUGUCUACACACGGAGGGGGAUUCCAAUGGGUGAGCUGGUGUCGGCCAGUGAUCCCAGUCACAGGCUGUUCGAGUUCACACAGCGGGAUCUGGAGCAGAAUAAGGUGUUGUUUAUCCACAGUGGAGUGAGCUUCGGACGCUUUGUACUUUUUGUAACAGAUGGGAAACAUUAUGUCUCAGCACUUCUAGAGGUGGUGGCACAGGAUCCAUACCUGCAGGUUGAGAACAACACCGGUUUAAUAGUCCAACAAAGUGGGAUUACAAUCCUUACUUCUGCUAAUCUCAGUGUCACCAGCAACCUUGACAUCCGAGACCCCCAGGAGGUGACGUUUGAGGUCUUCAUCCCACCCAAACACGGUGUUCUCUGCUUUAACGACGGCCUGAAGGAGGCAAUAAUAGGAACGGAUGCAAUUUCAGUUUUCACUCAGAGAGACCUGGUGGAAGGUCGCGUGGCGUAUCACCACAGUGGAGGCAACCAGUUGUUGGACAUUUUCAACGUGACGGCGAGAGCGAGGGAAAGGACUACAGAAAGGAAGACGGAAAGAGGGAGGAGGGAAGUGCAUCUGGAUAUUGGAGUUUCCAUAAAAAUAUACCUGGAGAGUCAUCAAAGACCUCCAACAGUCAAAGUCAACCAGCCCUUAGUGGUGGCAGAGGGACGGAAUACCUCCAUCAGUAGAGAACAUCUACAGGUUGUCCAUGAGGACAGUGAUCCUUCAGAGAUAGUUUUUACUGUCCAAAGCCCCCCAACAAUGGGUAGCAUUUACAGAUUAUACCCCUACAAAAAACAUCUGAAUGAAAAAAGAGAAAAGCAGCAUCUCCAUAAGGAGCAACCCACAACUUUGUUCUCCCAGGAGGACCUCAACCAGGGGUCAAUCAUUUAUCACCAUCAGGCUACAGAGAGCACUAAUGACUCUGUUCUGUUGGAGGCAACCAACGGGCUGACAAUAGUUGGACCUAUCAGGCUGCUGAUUGACAUCAUACCAGUCCUGCUUCCUCUGCAGGUGUCUAACUUGACCCUUGAUGAGGGGUCAUCUCUGCCUCUCACAUCCAGGGUCAUCGAUGUAGCCAGUCACCACUUCUCAGGGAUGAACUUCCUGUAUCAGGUCAUGGUUCCACCAAAGUUUGGACACCUGGAGCACAGCCGGAUUCCAGGGAUGCCUAUCAAUGCUUUUACUCACACUGAGGUAGAGCAUGAGUACAUCUCAUACAUCCAUGAUGGUAGUGAAACACUGAGGGACAACUUCACCAUUGUAGCCAACCAAACAGAAAUAAUGAAGCACAGCCUGCCGUGCACUGUUCACAUCAGCAUAACUCCGGUCAACGAUGAGAUCCCUGUUGUCGCCACCAACCGAGGCCUGAAGGUUUGGGUUGGUUCUGUAACAGAGAUAACCCUAAAUGAACUUAGUGCUGAAGACUCUGACACCCCACCUGAGGGACUGGAGUUCAUCGUCACACCGCCCACUAAUGGACACCUGGCUCUGAAAAGUGCUCCCUCCAGACAUAUCCUGAACUUCACCCAAAACCACAUACAGAGCAGAAAACUGGUGUUUGUGCAUAACGGUGCACUGUCAGGUGGUUUUCACUUCCAGGUGAAUGAUGGAGUUAACGUUGCUCCUCGACAGAUAUUUAGCACAACUGCUCAUGCUCUGGUCCUCACCUUGCAAAGAAACCGCCCCAUGGAGGUCUACCCAGGCUCAGUGACUCCCAUCUCACAGCAGGAUCUUCAGGUUGUAACCAACAACAUCAGUGAAAUCAGAAGAAACCAGUCUGUGGUGUUUGCUGUGACUUCUCCCCCUAAACUCGGCCGGCUUAUCCGACGAAUGCCUGAUAGCUCUGUCAGAAACAUUUCCACAUUUACACAGAGCAUGGUGAAUGAAAAAGUCAUUCUAUAUGAUCAAAACAAGCCUCAAGCAGUCAGCUGGUCAGCUGCAGACACGUUUUCUUUCACCGUAUCUUCUCCGCCUGCUUUUCUUCCUCCACACACCUUCUCUAUUUUGAUCUCCUACCAAGCUAAUGAGCAUCAUGACAACCCCCAGCACAUGACCAGACUUGUAAACAAUGCAGGUGCGGUGGUGGCAGAGGGAGGAAGUGUGACAAUUGACCAGUCCAAACUCGAUGCCUCAAAUCUACUGGCAAGCGUUCCAGAGUCCAAGAGAAAAGACCUCCACAUCAUGUAUCGAGUUAUUUCAUUGCCCCUACAUGGGGUUCUGUCCAUAAGGGGACACAACCUCACCAGGAACCAUCCAGAUUUCUCUCAAGCCACCUUGAACAAGUUUGGCAUCAAGUAUUUCCACGAUGACUCUGAGACGACGAGUGACAGCUUCACCUUUCGAGCCUGGGUGGCUCCUUUCCACCACUCUUCUACUUCUCAUUCACCAUCCAUUUCUACCUUUCCCUCUGAUUCUUCAUCUGCCACUUCCUUUUCUUCUCUCUAUUCUGAUUCAUCAUCCUUUCCAUCACUGGGCACCAUUUCGCACCACCACCCUAUUAAAGACAGUGUGACCGUGACAGAGAUGUUCAACAUCACUGUAACGCCUGUCAACGACCAUCCUCCUUUGAUCAGAAGCAGAGCGCCCAGUAUGAAAGUUGUGGUUGGAGAGAGGGUAGUUCUUGGGCCUGACAACCUUCAGGUUGAGGACCAUGAUACACCACCAGAAGAGCUGCACUACCUUGUGAUCAGUAAACCCAACAAUGGCUACCUAACGUUGGGAGAAAGACCAGAGUCAGUCACCUCUUUCACCCAAUAUGAUGUAAACCAUGGCCGACUGCAUUUUACACAGCAGGGUGAGCCCUCGACAGGAGUUUUCUACUUCAACGUUACCGAUGGUCAUCACCGUCCACUUUACAAACUAUUCAGUUUGGAGGUUGUCAAACCAUCAGUAUCUAUGGUAAAUAACACUGGACUGUCAUUGGUUCAAGGACGCACAGCAGUGGUCCUGACAACCAACCAACUGGCAGCUCAAACCAAUGGUCAAAGGCAAGGUAAUAUCUUGUACACGGUCACCGCACACCCCCGCCAUGGACGCAUUGCUAUUAACGACCAGGAGGUGGUCACUUUCUGCCAAGAGGACCUUCAGUUUGGACGUGUUGUUUACCACAUGACUGAUCUUAGUGCAUCAGAGGAUAAUUUCCAGAUUUCAGUGUCGGCAUCAUCACCUGGUGUAGACUAUGGACAUGUGCCUGCGCAGACUGUGAAUGUGACAGUGAGACCUCUGAUCUACUUAAGAGAGCCCGUUAGAGUUCCAAGUGGCAUUGCAGUGAAACUGGGGAAAGCCAUGAUUGAUGCCUCUGAGUUAGCAAGAAUCAGCCGAGCAAACCCGGUUUUUGAGGUUCUCUCUCCACCAAAACAUGGAAAACUUGUCAAGAUCACCUAUGAUCCCAACAGAGCAUCAGACGUCCUGAGGUCAUUUACGUUCAGGGAUGUUGUGCAAGGUCGAGUGGCCAUAGAGGAGACUCUCAGUGAUGCUGUCAGCCAAGUUCAAAGCAAUGGAUCCAGAAUCACCACAGUGCAAGGCAAUGCACCCGCCCAGCCCCUCAAUGAUUCUUUUACCUUCUUGUUGAAGGCUGGAAAUGUACAGCCAGCAAAGGGUGAGCUUCACUUCACCAUCUUUCCCCACCGCCAAAUGCGUCAGGGUGCAAGAGGGUUCGAUAAAGGUGACAGUUCGAGCCAUGAAACCACAACAACCCAUUUCCGAACACACAACCGGACUACAACAGGAAGUAGACAAAGAGAGUCUGUGACACACAUUGCGGUUGGUGAAGGUUUACAUCCUGAUAUUUUGUCACAUAAUAACCAAAAUAAGACACAACGUAAGGCAAAGCCUCAUAAUCGCUGGGGGAACCGAACACGCAGUGGGAGUCAUCAGGGGUCAUCAAGAUCAGGGGUUAGUACAGAGGGAGCAGGAGAGGGGAGCAGUCAAACCCCAGAGCUUCAUACUCCUCCUGUCCCAGAGACACAUGGUCCAAUCAACCAUCCAAAUACUGAUCUAGUUCAUGUGCAGAUUCUGCCUCGCCCUGCCUCUGACCCCCUCCUCAUUAUCUUACCACUUCUGGCUUGUUUGCUUCUUAUCAUAAUCCUUGUAGUUCUGAUUCUGGUUUUCCGCCACCGCAAAGAAAAACAGGCCCGACUGCGGCUGAUGCACGAACUGGCUGCAGCGCAGUUGCCCGCUGAGGACAGUCCAUACCUGGGUCGCCCAGAAAGGAGCUUGGCAAUGCCCAAUGUGAUGGUCACCCCACUCUGCUCUGCAAGCUGCCCAACCUCCCCUAGAGUACCCAUGAGUCCGAGGAGGAGUCUGGCACCUGGGACAACCUUCUGGGGACCUUUUGAAUCUGUUGUAUCAAGCAGUGAUAGAAGUUUUAGAAGUCGUAACAAUAGUGAAAGAGACAAUAUAACUGCUUGCAAUUCACCUCCAAUUUCUGCAGCUGAAUACAGUACUGCUUGGAGAUCUCGAUCCUCCAUUCCAUCUCUGAAAAGCAACCAGUACUGGGUUUAAAGGGAAGAAGUCAUGCACAAACUGUGCCUUAGAGGUGUGCUCUCUGUAAAAGUCCUAACCUGCUUUCUAGGGACCACAUAUAGUCAAUUUAGCCAACACAUUCUGUCUGAGAAUGUGUUGACUUAGCACAUCUUAUUGAGAAAAAGAAGAAACUAUGAAGAUUUUACAAAAUUGAUCUAAUAGAUUUCUUGUUACUGGCUAAAGGUAAACUUGGUACAAGGAAAUAACUGAAAACUGCAAAUGUUUCUGCAAGAUCAAUGAACAAUGGAACUAGUAGGGACUAGAAGUGAUUUACUUCCUGAGUGAAUUAGUAGCACGUUGUUACUUUAAUUUAUUGAUGGAGAAGAAAGUGAAACAUACUGUAUAGAUCUGUUUUUUAACGCAUGAGUUUUGGUCAAAAAAUGUUUGGAGUGAGUCACUGUUGCAAAUUUAGGAGACUGGAGGAUCAGGGCUUCAUCCCUAGUGGUGAAUGUGUUGCACCAUUCUAUUCUAGUGAAGAACGAGCCGAAGGUCUUCACCUAUGGUCACGAGAUUUGGAUUGUGAGUGAAAGAACAAGAUCCUUGAUACAACUAGCUGAAAUCGGCUUCCUACGUGAUGGCAGGACUCAGACUUAGAAACAAAGUGAGGAACUCUUUCAAUUGAUGUGGUGCUGCUGCACAUCAUUGAAAACAGUCAGCUGAGAUGAUGCAGUGAUCUGACUAAAGACUCUACCUGCUCACGUUACUUUGAAGGUAGAAUGAGAUACCAAGUUAGACGCAGAAUUUGCUGGAACUUUUUUAACACUGUGUUCUGGAAACCCCUUGGGGUCCCUGCAUCAAGAUUAACUGGAGAGGGAAAGGGCUGGUUGGGUUUUGCUUGUUGAACUGUUACCUCUGUAAUAGAUAGAUAGCAAGGCAGUAAAAUGGAUCAUAAUUUUUAGCAUACACUGCAGUUAGGGUUAGCUGAGUAACAGCAAUUUGAACCUGUCACUGCUAGCUCAAAAUACUUGCAUUGUCAGCUUUCAUGUAAAUACACCAUACAGAUUCCUAUUUUGAACUCCUCUGACCCUGAUGUCUAACUUUGUCACCACCUAAUGCAGGGAAUUGUGAAAACAUUUCUGCAGAUAGUUUAGUAGGCUUCAAAUUUACUGUUAGAUUAAUAAAAAGUGUUUCCCUUCUUUGAAGAUCUAAACUCUAUUUCUCAACCCUUUACCAACAACACACUGUUGAUGUAUGACAUUUAUUUUUAAUAAAAUAUGUUUCUUAAAUAAUCUUUUUGUUUUGAGCUCACUCAUGUAAGCACAAAUCAGUCACCAAGGCUAAAGAAGGAUUGGAUGUGAACGCAAAAUGCUUGGAAAUGACGGACAUAACAUGCGUGUAUGAACAGAAGGCGUAAUUGUCUAAAAUGGUUUCAAUCUAUAUUUCUUCCGGCUUUUUGGAGUAAAGUUAAAGUCCCAUUAGUUUUCACACUGGUGAAAUUUGUUCUCCGCAUUUGACCCGCCCCGUGUGGGAGCAGUGAGCUUCAGACACGGCCACACUCAGGAACCAUUUGGUAGUUUAAGCCCCCAAUCCAACCCUUUAAUGCUGAGUAUCAAGCAGGGAGGCACUGGGACCUUUUUAAAGUCUUUGGUAUGACCCGACCGUGGAUUUCCCAGUCUCAGGGCAGAAAAACAUACCACUAGGCCACUGAGCUGGUACUACACAAACAUUUGAUAUUCUCUUUAAAGUGAUAGUGUGUACUUUCCUGGUGAUAUGGGGCAGUAGAUAUCUAAAGCCCUGGGAAGUGCAAACUUUAGCAAAAUAACAAGCACAUCAGACUCCCUUUCAUCACUGGCAACCAAUGAAGAAGAAAAUGUGUGAAACAAUAACAUUUAAGAAUGACGAAAGUUUUGUAAUCGUUUGUUACAAAUCAGUGAAUGUAUUUUUUCCUCAUGGGCUCCCAUAGAAGGAAACAUGGCAUCUAAUAUGGCGUUGUCAAGAGACUUCCAUGUAUUUUAAACCUGAUCUUUAUGGUUUUUCAACAACUGGGCAUCAUUUCAUACAUUUUCAACAACAUUUUGAUGAAUAUUUCCAAAAAGUCAUGGUAAAAACCACACAGUCACAUCUUAAAAUCUGAUGUGAAUCAUUCAAACAACAGCACCAACACUCAAAGAAUGAGCCAGGAUUGAGUUUACACAUUACAAACUAGCAAAGAACCAACUUUGUAUCUAUUGCAUCAUAUCCUCCAAACAUUUUUACUAGCUGUAUACUGCAAAAGCCUAAUAUCAAAAUAAGCUGCAGCAACAAGAAAAUAAAAGAAAUCACUGUGGAAACCACUGCCAAAGAUGACAAAGUUUAACAAAUACAAAAUAAUACUUACUAACAAGAGGAUUCCAGGAAACGAUUAGCCAUAAAGAAGCAACAAAACCAUCAUGGAACUCCUUCUUUUCCAUGCUACGCUAACCUUGUUUCUUCAGUUUUUCUUUCUAAUGCCACACUGUAAAACAUUCUAAUACGUUUUCAGAUAUCUGCUGAGGAAAAGCAUCUAGUAUUGAAGGAAAAUUUAUAGUUACCUUCAAAAAGAAUUACUAUUUAUGAUCAAUUUGCUUUAACCUUUUAAUGUUCACACAAAAAAAAGACAGAAAAAC